UUUUUUUUUCUUUUUCCACGAGAGGAAAAUCUCCAACGAAAGCUGCACGGCGCAAUCAGGGUGAAGCUCAAGUUAGCUUCGCUUCGAUGGUGCGAUCGUGCGUAAGGGUAAGAUUUUUACAUCGAUCGAUGAGGAGGCAAGGAGAAUAAAGCGCGCAAGAUGGCUUCGCGAACGUUAGGCCGCGCUAUAACGGGAAGCUUCCCACAGCGCGGCGCCGCCAUCGCAAACUUACCUCACCAAUUCCCUCAUCAGCUUGUCGUCUUGUCUUGUAACGAGCUAUCCGCCGCUAGCAGACGACAAGUCACUCUAGAAACCACCUUCCGAUCUUCCUUCCAUCAUUCUUCGACCUCCCCCCACCGAACUCGAUCGCAAACCCCACCAGGCUUUUUACCAGACUUUUCUCCGAGCCUUCUCGGCGUUACUUCUACGUCACCGUUGUCCGCGACGACCUCGCAAUGGCGGUCACCAAUUGGCAUAUUAAGACAUAUGUCUACAGGUAGUACGUCUAGUCGAGAUAAUCAGAAUGCGAUAAAGCCGAGUGAUCAGAAGGAAGACGUUGGGUCUAUUGCGUCAGAGGCGGCCAAGGCCGUGAAGGAUGGUGCGCAAUCCCAUGAGGGCUUCGAGAAGAGCGACAAGGCUACCAAAGCUGCCCAGAUCAACCUAAGAGCUCGACUUUCCCACGAAGGGAAAGAUUACAAGAAGUCAUGGUCCUUCAGCGAGAUCUGGCGCCUCAUCAAAAUCGCAAAGCCAGAGUCUAGGAAUCUUGCCAUUGCCGUCGUCUUGCUUCUCACGUCUUCCUCCCUCUUCAUAUCUCUCCCCCUCGUCGUUGGUAAGGUUAUGAAUCUAGCUACGUCAAAGUCCCUAGAGGAGACAGAAAUCUUCGGCCUGUCGCUUUACCAAUUCUUUGGUGCCUUCGCUCUGGCUCUCACCGUCGGCGCGUGCGCUAACUUCGGGCGUAUCGUGCUGCUUCGUAUCAUCGGCGAAAGAGUCGUUACACGCCUUCGGUCACAGCUUUUUAGAAAGACGUACAGUCAAGAUGCCGAAUUCUUCGACGCGAACAGGGUCGGUGAUCUCAUCUCUCGACUCGGAACCGACACGAUCAUCGUAGGCAAGAGCAUUACGCAGAACGUUUCGGAUGGAUUGAGGGCUCUCGUGAAUAGCGUUUCUGGGCUCGCCUUGAUGGCCUGGAUCAGCCCUAGUUUAACUGCCAUCAUAUUAGUUGCAGCCCCCUUUAUCGGUAGCGCUUCUUUCGUCUACUCUCGCGUUAUCCGAAGACUGAGUCGCAAACUGCAGCAGAAUCUAGGAACAUUGACCAAGAUUGCGGAAGAACGUCUAGGGAACGUGAAGACAAGUCAGGCUUUUGCCGGCGAGGCUCAAGAAGUUCGUCGGUACAACACUCAAGUGAGGAAGGUCUUCGAGCUCGGAAAGAAACAAUCCAUUUACGAUGCGUCCUACUUCUCCGGAACAUCGUGGAUGGGCAAUAUGACGAUAAUCGGUUUACUCUGGUUCGGCGGAAACCUCGUGAGAGAUGGUAUCAUGACUACCGGCGACCUGACUACAUUCGUCAUGUACGCAUUCUGGGCGGGCGGCGGAUUAUUCGGUGUCGCCAACUUUUACUCGGAAUUGAUGAAAGGCGUCGGUGCAGCUACGCGUAUCUUUGAACUUCAAGAUCGCGACAUGGGCAUUUCUUCAACUAAGGGCGUCAAGGUCACAUCAGCACAGGGUCCUAUCAAGUUCGAAAACGUUACAUUCGCAUAUCCUACUCGUCCUGCUGUCACAAUAUUCAACUGCCUAAACUUCGAGAUCCCCUCGGGAACCAACGUAUGUAUUGUCGGUCCUUCCGGUGGCGGGAAGUCGACCGUAUCAUCCCUCCUCUUAAGAUUUUACGAUCCCACUGAGGGUUCCAUCAGCAUCAAUGGCGUGGACAUUUCUAAGAUGAACGCCAAGUCUCUGCGACGCCGUAUCGGCAUGGUAUCUCAAGAGCCGGUACUAUUCUCGGGUACUGUAGCUGAGAACAUUGCCUACGGGAAACCGGAUGCUACUAGAUCGGAAAUAGUGACAGCUGCCCAAAAAGCCAAUUGUGGAUUCAUCGGUGACUUCCCGCAAGGGCUCGAGACUCAGGUUGGCCCUAGAGGUGCACAACUCUCCGGUGGUCAAAAGCAACGUAUUGCCAUCGCGCGAGCUCUUAUCAAGGACCCGGAUAUCCUUAUCCUAGACGAAGCCACCUCGGCUCUGGACGCAGAAUCAGAGACGGCGGUCAAUCUAGCGCUGUCGGCGUUGCUGAAAGGCCGCCGACGGACCACUAUCUCUAUUGCUCAUCGGCUUUCAACUAUCAAAAGAUCAGACAAGCUUAUCGUGCUGUCCAGCAAAGGCACAGUUGCAGAAGUUGGAUCGUACGAGGAGCUUAGCUCUAAUCCCAGCAGCGAAUUCACAAGGCUGAUGGAGUGGCAGAUGAGCGGCGUUGAGGUUCCCUCCAAGGCAAAAGAACUCACGGAGUCCGAGAUCAUCGAAGGAGAGCUCGAGCAAGCGGAUGAAGAGGAGCUUGGUGAGGAUGAAGAGGAGGAGGCUGUGAGACAAAAGUCGAAGAAGUAAUAACGACACUUCCGAUACACCAUAUUUUCUACGAAAAAAAAGGAAGGACUAGAUUUUGAGGAGGAGGGACUUGCAAAAGGUUAUUGGCAAACCUAGAACAGGUUCUUAUAAAGUACCUACACUAUUCACGAUAGGAAAUCGGAGCGGGCGAGGCGAAAGGAGGCUAGAUAUUCGGGAUGAUGAAUGGACACUGUAUAUGUAGAAUAAUUGAGUCCAGAACUCCACUCGGUACCUACGACAUGAUAUAAAGUUGGACUCAGGGGAAAAGUCCACGGAUAUCUUGGAUAGAAAAGGGGAAGGCUUAGCACGGUAGUGACAUGUAGAAUCUAACGGCACAUCCAAUACAAGUUUUUGAAUUGUACUAGGAUUUUGUUCUAUCCAAAUACAUUUUCUGGAAACAGCAGUCGAGUCUCAUUUCCUUUUAACAAGAAAUAUGAGCUGUGACGUCCAA